UUGGUUUUGUUUACACUAGUUCAUAGAUGUCACUGAUGCUCAUUUGAUUCUUUAAUAUAAGAUAGUCUUUUGUUAUGAUCGAACUGUUUAAAGAUUUAUUUAGAUAUAUUUAAUAUAAUUAUAAAACAUUCAACAUGACAAAGCCUUUAAAUCUUCGGGAUGGGUUUACAUUGAGCGAUUUAUUGUCUCCAGACGGUUUUACCGUUGAAAUUGGAGAUGAAUAUUUCCAGGAAGAAGAAGAGGAUAAUUUUUCAUAUAAUCCGAAUGUAUUUUUAUCAAACGAAGAAUUAAUUAAUAUGCUUAAUAUGGAUGAUUUCAAAACUGACGAAACUGAAGAUGAUGAAAAUGAUGAAGCUACAGGUACUAUGCUUUGUGGAAUAAGCUUCGCAACAAUGAAAACAAAAAUGAUUCCGGUAACAAAGGAUGAAAAGGUUAUGAAAUUAAUUAAACGAAAAGGAGUUGGUGAGAUUGUACCAUACAAUGCUCAGGUCACUAUCAAAUAUAUAAGUUAUUUUGAAUAUAAUGAUGAACCUUUUGAUUCGACAUAUGCGCAUGGGCAUCCAAAAACUGUUCGUCUUAAUCAGGACUUAUUAAUUCCUGGUCUAGAAGUUGCUAUAACCUCUAUGGAAAAACAUGAAAUUGCUAUUUUUAUUAUUCAUCCUGAUCUUGCAUAUGGACGUUUUGGAUGCCCUCCUCGUAUUUUACCUAAUGAAGAAGUUAUGUUUGUUAUUCAUGUGGUUGACUUCCUUGAUAAUGGGUCAGCUGAUACUUAUCUUAAUUUAAAUAUGGAAGAAAAAAAAUUAUUUUCAAAUAUUGUUAAAUGUAUUAACGAUUUGCUUAAUACAGCCAAAUAUAAUUUUAUAAACAUGAAGACUAAAAAAGCUAUACGGGUAUACGAAAAAGCUAUACGUUUAUUGGAAAAUGCAGAACUAAAAGAUGAUAAGGAAGAAGAAGAAGUAAAAAAAUUACUUUCCAGAUCUUAUAAUAAUCUUGCAAUAUGUUUUAAUAAAGAAGAAAUGCCACGCCGUGCUUGCAUGGCUUGUAACAAAGUACCCAUACCUACUGUUAAAACUUACUUCAAUCAUGGCAAAGCACUGGUGAAAAUUGGGGAAUAUAUAAAAGGUUUGAAUGAAUUGCAAAUUGCAUACAAAAUGGAACCAAAAGAUAAAGAUAUAUACAAAGAAAUUUGUUUGGCGAAUGAAAAAUAUAUUAAAUAUAAUGAAAUAGAAAAACGAUUAUGGUCCAAUUGUUUCAAUUUUUCUAAAAAAGAGAAAAAAGAGACUGAAUUUCAAAAAGCAGCUCGAGAAAUGUGUGAAUCUUUUGCUAAAGAUAAUUAUCUAUCAAGACAACCAUUUCCUGAAGGCUUAACACGAGAAGAAGAGAAUUAUAUACGCGAGCAAGCAGCUGCAUUGGGUCUUAAUGUUGUUUCUCAAACAAAGUAUGGCAAGAAGAUGUUAUAUUUAACUAAAACAAAAUAUUGACUAUGACGAUUUUUAAAGUGAUAAGCUAGCAAUAAAAAUAGUAUUUUUUUUUUUACGAAUCGAUCGUAAAACGAUGUGUUUAGUGAAAAAAUAAAAAUGAUAUUUUUUUUAUUAAUAGUAUGAAGAAGAUAAAUGUAUAAUUUUUUAUUUUUAUAUAAUUUUUUUCUAAUGAAAUAUUAAAUAAUAUAUGAUAAAAUUAUAUGCAAACAUUUUAUUUGCCAUUUAUUUGUCAAUCAACAAAAAGAAAAUUCA